AUGGCGUCCAAGGAAGGCGGCUCAGCAGCCAGGCCGAAGGACAAGAAGGACAGGAAGAAGCUGAAGGAGAAAAAGGAGCGCCGCGAGGAAUCAGACGUGAAGAAGCCGCGCGGGAAGAAGCAAGACCUGCUUGGGUCGGGCACGGAAUCCGAGGACGACGGCGGCCUGGAGAUCAAGGUCAACGAGGAGUAUGCCAGGCGCUUCCAGCACAACAAGGAGCGCGAGGAGCUCCACCGCCUCCAGGAGAAGCACCCGGAACUCGCAGCCAAGAUUGAAGCCAAGGCCCUCGCGAAGCAGGUGGUGGCGGGCGGCGACAGCGACGCGUCCUCCGAGUACGACAGCGAGGAGGAGGACCACGGAUACAUCCCCCCCGAGGCGGACGUCCAGAUCCUCGACGUCCUCAACCGGAUCAAGAACAAGGAUCCGUCGAUCUACGACAAGGACGCCAAGUUCUACUCCGGCCCGGCGGCCGGCGAGGACGGGUCCGGCGACAGCGGCGGCGACGACGCGGGGCGGCACCGCAAGAAGACGCUGCGGCACGUGAUCGCCGAGCAGGCGCUCAAGUACGGCGCGGAGGGCAUGGCGGAGAGCGACAGCGACGCCGAGGACGCCGACGCGCCCGACAAGGGCCCGUCGUAUUACCAGGAGCAGGCAGACCUGAAGCGCGCGUUUCUGCAGGCGGCGGGCGGGGAGGGGGGGGAGUCCGGGGACGAGGGCGCGGACCUCGAGGCCGGCGGCGUGCUCAAGGUGAAGUCGCGUGCGGAGCGGCCGGAGGCGCGCGAGGGCGUCAAGAAGGUCGCGAGGCUUGCCGACCGAUACUUCGGGGAUGGGCCGGCGCUAUCGAAGGGCGACGCGUUCCUCAAAGACUACAUUCAGAACCAGCGGUGGCUGGACCGGCACGACAGCGACGACGAGGGCGGGUCGGACGGCGGCGGCGGCGCGUCGGGGGGCAGCGACGACGACGACGGCGACGACGACGACGCGAAGCCUGCGUUGGUGGACGACGAGUGGGACAACGAGGACGAGGCCGAGGAGUUCGAGCACGCGUAUAAUUUCCGGUUCGAGGAGCCCGGGGGCGCGAAGCUCACGGGGCACCCGCGCGUGGUGGAGGGCACGGUGCGCAAAGAGGAGACGGCGCGGGCGCGGCAGCGGAAGGCGCGGGAGGAGCGCAAGGCGGAGGAGGCGCGGCGCGCGGAGGAGGAGGUGAAGCGGCUGAAGAACUUGAAGCGGAAGGAGAUCGAGGAGCGCAUGCAGCGCGUGGCGUCCAUGGCGGGGAUGUCGGCGCCCGACACCAGCGCGAUCGACGGGCUCCUGCGGGGGGAGUUCGACCCCGCGGAGUACGACGCGAAGAUGCAGGAGAUGUUCGGCGGGGACUACUACGACGAGGACGACGAGGACUUCGUCGAAAGGGACGACCCCGCGCUGCGCGAGGCGCUCGAGGGGUUCCACGGCUCCGACGACGAGGGCGAGGGCGAGGGCUUCGAGGCCGCGCGGCGGCGCAUGGCGGAGCGGCUCCAGGACGACGCCGGCGAGGACUCCGGCGACGCGGAAGCGGCCGGGAAGGCCGCCGUUGAACACGCAGCCGAGCAAAGGGCGGAGAUGCAGCGGCUGCUGGAGGAGUACUACCGGCUGGACUACGAGGACGUGAUCGGCGGGGGCAUCAAGACGCGGUUCCGGUACCGCGAGGUGGAGGCGAACGACUACGGGCUGUCGUUGCAGGAGCUGCUGGAGACGGAAGACCGUGUGCUGAACCAGGUGGUGGGCCUGGCGAAGCUGGCGCCGUACCGCGAGGACGGCGGGUACGUUCCGAGCCGCGUGCUGAACAAGCGGAAGUACCAGCUCGGGUUGACGCGGAAAGAGCGGCACUUGGCAGAGGAGCUCAUUGCCGGGGCGAAUCUGCGCGUCAAGGAGGUCGGGCGGCGCGGGGGGCGCGGCGGGGGGCGUGGCGGCCGCGGGGGCGGCCGGGGCGGCGCGGGGCGGGGGCGGGAGGGCGCUGGUUCGGCGGGCGGCGAGUCUGCUUUGCAGGAGCGGAAAGCGACGUAUGAGUUGCCGACCGGGAAGAAGGCGCGGGCGAAGCGGGCGGCGGAGGGCGCGGAGGGGGACGGGGCGGCGAGGAAGAGGGCGAAGAAGGAGGCGCCGGCGCCGAAGCCGGAGUUCGCGGGGCUGUCGCGUGCGCAGAAGAAGAACUUGAAACGGUCGCAGAAGAGGGCGGAGAAGCGCACGGGGGGCGCAGAGACGGGCGCGGGGUAG